CCAUAAGGUGCAAAGGAAAAUAGUACUGUAGCUAGUUUCUCUGAGAGAAGAGAAACUAUCUUUCACGCCCCAGUUGGAGAUCUUGAUAAAACCACACCCCUCAGCGGUAUAAUCUUUCAAAACCAAUUGGAAUUCAGAUAGUUGCACUUCCCUUAGUACCAGCCCGGACACACAUUAUUCUCGGCCACAAAAUGGCUGAGUCGUAUGCAUUAUUUGGGGAAGACCAAUUCUCUUGUUCAAUCUGUCUGGAUCUACUGAAGAACCCUGUGACCAUUCCUUGUGGACACAGUUACUGCAUGGGCUGUAUAAAUGACUAUUGGGAUCUAAAUGACCGCAUGGGUGUCUACGUCUGCCCUCAGUGCCGACAGACCUUCACCCCAAGGCCUGCUCUGAGCAAAAAUACCAUGUUUGCAGAGGUAGUGGAAAGACUGAAGAAGAUUGAAGAGUUCCAAGCUGACCCUUCCGUUCCUUGUUAUGCUAAACCAGGGGAUAUUGAGUGUGAUGUCUGUGGUGGGAGAAAACAGAAAGCCAUUAAGUCUUGUCUUCUGUGUCUGGCCUCAUACUGUGAAACACACCUCAAGCUUCAUGACAAACUCAACCCUGGAAAACGACACACACUUGUGGAAGCCUCCAUGCAGCUUCAGGAGAAGAUCUGCUCUCAGCAUGACAAACUACUGGAAGUUUACUGCCGUACUGAUCAACGUUGUAUCUGUUAUGAGUGUUUGAUGGGUGUACACAAAGGCCACGAAACAGUUUCAGCUGCAGCUGAAGGCACUGCAAAACAGAAAGAACUGAAGGAGACACACAGGAAAUACAAGCAAAUAAUUGCCAGGAAAGAGAAGGAACUAUUGUGGUUGAAGCAGGCCAUGCGGUCUCUCACAUACUCCGCACAGAUAGCCGUGGAAGACGGUGACAAGGUCUUUACUGAAAUAAUCUGUUCUGUUGAGAAGUGGUACUCUGAUGUGAAAAGACUGAUCAGAUCACAGGAGAAGGCUGCUGUUGGCCCGGCUAAGGAGCAGAUUGACCAACUGCAAAGGGAGAUUUUAGAGCUGAGGAGGAGAGAUACUGAGCUUGAGCAGUUGUCAAAAACAGAAGAUUUUAUUAUUUUCCUCCAGAAAUGUCAAUCUGUCCCAGCCCUCCCUGGAUAUGAGGACACAUCCAGCAUCAAUGUGAGUCAGCAAGUCUCUUUUGAAGGUGUGAAGAGAACUGUGGCUGAGCUGAAACAGCAGUUGGAGGACUUCUGCGAAGGGGCCUUUGCAAACAUCUCUAAAAAAGCUCUGUUUCCCACAGUACAGGAUAUUCAUAUUCUGCAGGCAUCAAAGCCUUGUCCACCUCUACCCCAGGUAACAGACAAGUGUGUGGAGAGUAAAGAACCAACAACAAGAGAGGAGUUUUUGAAAUAUGCCUGUCAGCUCACAUUGGACCAAAACACUGCACAUAAAAACCUCCUUAUCUCUAGGGACAGCAAAGUGGCUGGAUGGAAUGAUUUUGCACUGCCUUAUCCUGACCACCCAGAUAGAUUUGAAAACAUGCCUGUGGUACUGUGCAGAGAGGCUUUGACAGGGCGCUGUUACUGGGAGGUUGAAUGGGAUGGAAUACAGGCUAUCAUAGCUGUAUCAUAUAAGGGGAUAAACAGGAAAAAAAAACUCAGCCCCCCUGAUGCAUUCUCCAAAUUUCUAGAAUUCUAUGAACAAUCCUGGAGUUUGAACUGGAAUAUAGCCCAAGUCUGUGAGAAUAAGAAACAGAUUCAACUAACUGCUUGGUCCUCUAGGAGAAUAGGACUGUUCUUGGAUCACAAGGCAGGAACUCUAGCAUUUUACAACAUUGCUGAUAAAAUGACCCUCAUCUAUAGAGUAAAAACAACAUUCACUCAACCACUCUAUCCUGCUUUCUGGAUCAAAAUACAGUCCAAGAUAGAAUUGUGCCCCCUGAAAUAAAUUUAAAUGGCUGAUUACAACACAAUCCAUUUGCAGAGUAGGGCAAGGCAGAAGGAGUAGUUUACAUGUAUCUUCAAACUGUUUAUUGUACGUUGAAAUAUGGGAAUUGUGUAUAAUGUGCUUUUUUUUUUUACUGCAUUCCACCAAGUAUACAAAUGAUUUUAUGAAAAAAGUGGUAAUUGUAUAUACUACCUACUUUUAUGCAAGAAUUAAAUAAAUAAGUCAAUAUGCUAA